AUGAAUGAUGACCUGCUUCCAGCGAACCUCGGCAGAUUGUGGAAGACAUGGAAGAACUGCAGCUACGGCAUAGCUGCGGCGAUUGGUUUCCUGGUCGUUGCCUGCAUCUUCGUGAUCGGCUACGUGAACUUGGACUUCUCGGAUUACUUGCGGGCUGAACUAGAGGACCAGUACCUGCUGGAUGCCGCGGGCGAGGCCUCCUCGGAGCAAGUGCGCAAGACAGGCAACCGCCGGAGAAGAUCAGAAGAGUGGAAGGCCUGGACGGUCUACGCUUAUGAGCAGGGUCUCUUGAGGAGCAAUGCCAGCACCAACGAGGGAUCUGAUCUUCGACGACUUCAGCAAGAGACAUCAGCGACGCCAGUACAGACGACGCUGGCUUACCAAAUUUGGGAGCUGGACAUCUUCUACCAAGCUGUGGACCCCAGCAAAGGCAUUUUCACAGAGGAAGCCCUCAGAGAGAUCAAGGACUUCGAAGACCGCUUGGUGUCCUUCGAUGGAUUCGAGAGUUUCUGUCGGAGGUGGCACGAUCGUGGGGCCUCCUGCGAUGUACCCUACUCUGUGAAGAACCUGUUCUUUUCAGUGCCUGAUGCAAGCUUGCAUAACGGAUCCACGAUGUCCUUGUCGUAUGAUGGUUCUGGCACGCUGGCGAGCAUUGAGUCGGUCUUGCAGGAGAUGCUCAGCAACGACGUCCGCUGGUGGACGGAUGGUGACUUCAACCGCAACAACCUGAAGAGCCAAUACUCGCGGGCGACCGUCUACGGAGGCGCACCUCUGCCUGGCUACCUGAGCUGGGACGAUCGGCAAGGUGAGCAAGAAGCGAAGAUCAACUCCUGGCUAGGCCGGCUCUUCGAGGAUUUCCUCCGUCGAGCGGACCUGACUGGAGAGAGGGCCUUUCCGUACCAGCACGUGAAGAUCACGUGGUUUGAGAAGAGGAUCAACAACUACGAGAUUCUUUUCUACCUGCGCUUCGACUCCCUCAUGGCACUCGGCACCAUGGCAACGGUGGCCUUGCUGGUGUUGGCCCGGAUCCAGAACCUCUUCAUCACCUUCUUCGGUGCCAUCGGUGUGGCUCUGGCUUUCGUGGGCACCUACUACUUCCACUUUGUUGUCGCAGGCUUCAAGGCUCUGACCAUCCUGGAUUUUGUCUCCUUGUUCGUCAUUCUAGGCAUUGCCGCCGAUGAUGUGCUUCUGUUGUUCAACACCUACUCUCUCGCGACGGUGCUGUUGGGUGCAGAGGCGACUCCGAAGCAGAAGAUGUGGUGGGCCUACAAAGAAGGGACGGCACCGAUGCUGGUCACGACGGUGACCACCUGCGGGUCCUUCUACGCCAACUGCUUCUCAAUUGUCACCGUGGUGAGGAGCUUUGGGUUCUUCAUGGCUACGCUCGUGGCAUGGAACUUCCUGAAUGUGCUGAUCAUCUUCCCGGCGGCGAUCUUGGUGAACGACCUCUACAUUAUCCCCGCCUUAUCUUGGUUCUGCAGGUGUCGGAUGUGUCGGCGAGCAGGCCGACGGGACCAGGUGGCCCAGGAACCGCAGGGCCUUCAGCCCAAGAGGAGAUUGACGGCGAAGGGUCUUGCGGAUGUCGACCAUGAGGACUUGGGACUGUUUGACCGGCUGGUGGCUCGUCGCUUCUCGCCUUGCCUUCACACGCUUCGCUGGGCUUUGAUUCUGCUCUCGAUCGUGGCAGCUGCCACCUUCUGCUACCUGGCCGUGGUGGCCUUCCAUGUCUCGGAGGGCGCCAUCAAAGUCUUUGAGGAGGACCUCAACCUCGGACGGCUCGAGCAGCUUCGGAAGGAAGUGUUCCCAGCCAACACCAAUGAGGAUUUCAGGGAGGCAAUCCGCGUCACACCUCCAGACCGAGCCUUCGAUGUACGCAGCUGCCCGGGCCGUGUGGGGAGCGGGAAUUCUUCCUGGUGCAGUGCCCAAGGCACCUGCGAUGCCGCAAGCAGCACCUGCACCUGCGAUGAGCCUUUCGUCGGGCAAGCGUGCUCAGUCGCAAAAGCGGCUGGAAUGUUGGACUUGGUCUACUUCUCCAUCGCGGAGGAGCCGGGGGAGUACCUCUACGCCCAUGUCCUCUCCUCCCCAGAGCUGCUUGCUGCGCCUUCUUCUCUUCCGCCGGGUCGCGGGGACUUCUUCUUACGGAACGAGGGCGAUGAGGACGUCGAUUGGCAGUUGGACAGCGUUCCGUCCUGGCUGUCCUUCGCUCCAACAGCGGGCGUGCUCACGAAGCGCAGUUUCUCGAGGACCGACGAAGCCUAUGCCGGUAGGACCUCCUUUCAAGCGGCUCUCGACUUGGCAGGGAGGCCAGCGGGCUGGAGCGAGAGCGCGUCGCUCUGGAUCCAAGCAGCGACGCCUUCCACCUCGUUGCCACCACGUCUCCUGCGCGUCACUGCCACGGUGGUUUCGCCGCCGGCGCUUGCAGCUCUCAAGGCCUUUGCCGAGGGGAGCGAGGUGCUCUUACAGCCGGCCUUCGAGGUCGCCCGUGGCUUUGGCGCUGAUCCCUCUGAGAAUCGAGUCUCUCAGAACACGGAGAUCAGAUAUCAGGUGUCGAGCCAGAGCGACUGGCUGCGCGUGGACCUGGAAGUCUGGGGCGGAGAGGAUGCCGUCACCGUCGACGGGCGCCCGCUGCGGGGCGGCUCCCUGGGCAUCUCGGCGCCCGGGUCCAUUCAGAUCCAAGUCGUGUCCAGCUUCAGGGACUACGCAACAACCUACAUCCUGGAUGCUAUCAGGUCGUGUGAUGGGCCGUGCCCGACAGAGACGUCCACAUCGGUGACGACGACCCGCAUCACUUCCACGUUGGCCCCCGGCGCAACGACCACUACGCUGACACGCACAACGAGCCGCACGCAGGAGACAGAUCACCUGGUCGGAGUGAUGAGCCUCACUGCUCUGAACUGCCCGGCGCUCCAGACGAGCGAAGGAAGGAGCAGUCUGGCCUCGGGGUUGGCGGAGAUCGCGGAGGUGGAGGAGGCGGCCGUCUCCAUCUCCGUGUGGUGCAACGGCCGCAGGCUGUCAUCGAGGCAGCUUCAGGUCAGCCCGGCGGAGCUUCUGUACUCCCUGGUGGUGGGUGGGGCCGCCACUGCUGAUGUGGUGAACCGACUAGAGCUGGAGUCACCCGAGACCAUGACCAACAAGCUGCAGGCUUCCCUGGAUCAGCGCGAGGGCUUGCCUCCCAUUCAGCUGGAAGUUCUGAGCCUGGGAGAGGUGCUGAUCAACCCAGAUCCGACAACUACUGCAACCACCAGCACUAUGACUGCAACAGCUUCGAGUAGCACUGCAACCGCAACUUCCAUAACCACCACGAGUGUUUCGGAAACAAGGACUACCACAACUUCAUUCACUGCCACUGCGACAUCAAUCACAAGCAGCACUAUCACGAAGACACAAAGCACAGCCACCAGUCUCACGUUGACCAGCAGCAGUAGCAGCAGCGCAACCACGACUGCAAGUUCAGUCACCAGCGUGACGACCACGCGAAGCACGGGCACCACAACCACAGGCACCAGAACUGCCAGCACGACUUGGACGGCGACCUCAACACUUUCCACUGCCGCGGACACAACGCUGACAGCCACAACAACCACAGAGACAGCCAAAGAUUCUGCCACGACAGCCACGGUGUCCACGGUGUCCACUAUGACCGCCACGCAGACCGAAGUGACCACCACAUCUAUCACGACCAGCACAAGCACGACGACUGCGGAUGCCAGCACAAUGACGUCAACCGUGUCAACCACAGCAUCCAGUACUUCUUCGAGUAGUCGCACGUAUUCAGCGACAUCCAGCACGACAACGUCAACCACGGAUUCGACAGUUUCGUCGAGCUCCACAGAAACGGUGUCCUCGACAUCCUCUGCACAACCCACCACGACGUCCACACUCUCCACACUAACAUCAACAUCGAAGUCCACCAGCACAACUGCCUCCUCGACGACGACUUCGUCCUCCACCACUCUGUCGUCCACCACGUCGGUCACGAUGACCACCAGUGCUUCCUAUACGAGCUCCUCCUCCAGGACCGGCACGGCGACCUCUGCCACGGAGACCUCCAGCUCGUCUUUGGUGAGCACGACGGCCACCUCGACCGGCACAACCUCUACGUCUUCCAGCAUAUCCACCAGCUCGAGCACCUUCUCUGACACAACGAGCACCCUCACCAGCAUCACCAGCACCAGCAUCACCAGAACGCAUACAUGGACAAGUACCACCACUGAAAGCGCGACCACCAGCACCGCCACUCUAACCUUUGCGGACGGCUUCGGCUACAUCUACGGGGAGGUUCGCCUCGGGGCCUGUCCAGACUUGGGCUUGGAGGGCUUGGAGGCCCUUCGAAGCGGCAUCGGCUCGGUGGCAGAGGUGGAGGCCAGCUCCGUCGCGGUCCGGCUCUGCCCCGAGCAGGAGGUGGGCCGACGGCUGCAGGCAACGCCUCCGGCUCCCAGCUUGGAGUACAGCAUCCACGUCCCCGACGAGAGGGGGCCCGAGCUCUUCCCGCGAGCCUUGGGCGCCCUCCUGGAAACUACGCCGGCGUCGAUGCAGGGAGCUCUCAACGACGCCUUGGCGUCCCGAGGCUUCGCAGAGACCCUGCUCGUCUUGGACGUCUCGGUGUCCUCCGGUGCCCCUCCGACGACACGAACCAGCUCGAGCACCAGCAGCCUCACAGCAACCAGCUCAAGCACCACCAGCACCAUCUUGUGCCCGGGAAAUCCAGUGUGUGCCGGUGCUGGCAGCUGCGUCCAGCAGGAGAGCGGCGACUGGUCUUGUGAGUGUUUGGAGACCUUUGCCGGUGAGGAUUGCACCGUGCGUGUGUGCCCAACGUGCGCGAACAACGCAAGCUGCCUGGAGAGCUCGCAGGACUUGGAUGCUGUCUGGGGAUGCACCUGUGUCGAGCCAUACUAUGGGCCUCGGUGCGAAGAGAUUCGCUGCCCGGGCAACUGCACCAACGCAGGUGACUGUGACACUGCCACGGGCGAGUGCUCCUGCUUUGCGGGCCAUCUGGGCGAGGACUGCGCUGUUAAAGAGGUGCCGCUCACCAAUGCCAUUCAGAUCACCAUUGUCUUUGGUCUGCUAGGCUACAAGGAGGAGAACAGGUCCGCGCCGGCCUACGACGACUCUGUGGACCUCUGGGCUCCGCCUGCGCAGGCCCACAUGCUGCGAGCCUGCAGCGAUGCUCGCGCUGAUGCAAAGCUGCUGGUGAAGAGCGAGCUCAGCUGCUGGAUUGAGAGUUUCGCAGAGUUCAUGCCCAUUGUCGGAGGAAGCUUCCCCGUGAAUGGCAGCAUGGCGGAGGAGGCGUUCCAGGCCUUCAUGCAUCAGAAUGUGGCCGUCCAAAAAAGUUACCAGAACGACGUCAGGACGUCUGGUGAGGACUUCGCUGGCCGCCUGAUGUUCGCACGGUUGAGGAUGCAGGUCAACAUGGCGGUCAAUGCCGAACGGGAGCAGAAGGAUGUCAUGCGCCGGCGGUGGCAGGACUUCGUCGAUACUUUGAACCUGAAUGCGCCACCAGAAGCUGGAAAAGCCAUGAUGAUGUCCUGGGUAUGGACGGCCCUUUCUCUUGAGGAGUCUGUGUUUUCCAGCACAAUCUUGGCGUUUUCGCUUUCCUUGUCCACUUCGAUGGUGGCGGUCGCCCUCUUCACCCGGGAUCUUAUGCUUGCCUUCUACGUAUGCCUGAACAUCCUGCUGGUGGUUUGUGUGCUAUCAGGCUUCCUGCUGAACGUUCUGGGCUAUGACUUCGGUGUGGUGGAAGCAAUCGGCGCGACGAUCUUCGUGGGCUUGAGCGUCGACUACUGCCUUCACCUGGCCCACGGAUACCACACGGCCAACGCCCGGCAGGCCAAGGUGAGGGUGCACAACGCGCUCGUGAUGCUGACGCCAACCAUACUGGGAGGUGCUCUGACGACGAUUGCUGGCUGUGCAUUCCUCCUCCCGUGCCGCAUCAUCCUCUUUCGAAAGCUUGGCUGGACCUUGAUGCUGAAUGCGAUCAUUGCCAUCACCUACACCUUCACGUUCUUGGCGCCGCUCUUGAUGUUGGCCGGGCCCACCCAGCAAGGAAUCAAGCCUGAGGCCAUGGCAGGAUACCUGGAUAGAGGUUCGGCCAGUUCGGGCAGCCCCACGCAGUCUUUUGCAGCAGUCACAAGCCGCUUCGUCCAGACUGAGGUGGUGCCAGAUCCCACAUGCAUCGGCAAAGCAGCGCACCCUGGCUGCACCUUUGAGUUCGGCUGCCCGGGCUAG